CCAGAAAGGAGAAAAUGCUAAGUAAUAUGGUUGAGGGUGGAGAUAAGGGGCCCAAGUAUAGCUGUUGCCUGUCGGAUUAGAGAUAGAGAAUAUAGCUCACGUUGUUGGAGACUCAGAUUUGACUCAUCGGAAAUUCGAAACUUCUCCUCGAAGUUUUUCUCUCCCCGUCUGCGUCUCAUACGCACGCAAUUGCUACCCCCCCUCUCUCUCUCCGUCUCUUUCUUUCAUUUCCAAAAUCCCCAAAUUUCGUUCCAUCUACCACUCGUUUACUCUGUCAUUUCCUGUUAAGAGUUAAUAUUGGUAGUGGUGGUGGUGGGGGUAUGCAAGCUGCAGUGCGAUGCCCGUCGCACGCCUUCCUCUACAACGGCACUCUCUGUGCCUGCAACCCUGGAUACGUUUACAAUUUCAGCAGCAGCAGCUGUGCCCUCUUCGCGGCGCGUGGCCCCGCUGUCCAGCUGAGCAGCGGCGUGGAUUAUGAUUCUACGCUGGCCUUUCCGGAGACUAUAUUUUCCUUCGACUCCAUCAAGAAGUUCACCCAGUCGCAGGCGGUGUUUCUGGAGGCGACACUAGUGAUGCUCCUUUGCUGGCUUGGUUUCUGCCUCCUCCUCCGCUUCUUCCCCCUUGGCUCCGAUGGCCGCUCUCCCUGGUUCAAGAUGCGCUGGUGGAUUAGCCGUCUCGACGUCUCUUUCGCCACCCGCCACUGGCUGGAGGACCAGCAUCCGGUCGUCAAGCGCAAAACGGAGCUUGGUGGAACUUUCUCCAUUGCCAGUUGGAUACUCUUUAUUGGGUUGUUUGCCGCGUUGCUCUAUCAAAUUAUUUCCAAGAGAAGUGUGGAGGUGCAUAAUGUUAGAGCCACGAAUGCACCUGAUUUGGCUUCCUUCUUGAAUGACUUUGAGUUCAAUAUUACUACCAUAUCCAGUAUGAGCUGUUCGCAGUUGCGCGGUCUUGGCACACUUGUCAAAGGGGAUCCAGCGUUUAAUGAUCGCAGAGUUGUUCCGCUUUCAACAUUUGCCAAUUAUUCUUGUCUAAACACCACAGCAGGACCAACCAUAACUCUUCAGUGCAAUAACUGCCAGCUUAUUAGAGACUUUGCCUACGUCUCAUGGCAGUUUGUUGACAUUCCAAAUAAUCCAGCAAUUGCUGCUGGCUUUCAGUUCAAUCUUACUGCAAAAAGCCAUGGCAAGAGGAAGCAUCUGAGUUUUGUAAGUGGGACUCUGAAGAAUGCCAGUGAUGUUGAUGACAAACCAAUUACAUUUAGAGGGGUUGUGCCAAAUAUACUGAAGUUCAAUUUAUUCCCUAGAUUGUACCGUAAUAUGCACGAUCUAAAGCUCAUACAACCGCUGUUUCAUGAGUUUCUUCCUGGUUCAUAUUUUGGUGAGGUCAGUCAGCUUCGAGCAUCACUUGAGAACUCCAGGGAUGGAAUGAUAAACACUACAUUGUGUGUCAACUUCCUCUCUUCAUACAUUGUAGAGAUUGAUAAUCAAAAUAUUUUGGGACCAGUGAGUUUCCUUGCUGACCUGGGUGGCCUUUAUUGCAUAAGUAUUGGUAUUUUCUUCUACUUCUUGGUGCAAUGUGAGUAUAGAAUCAAGAGGCUUCGGAAAGAGGAUAGUAUAAUGAGGACGAUCAGGAAUCGUCGAAAAGCCCUAGAAAGGUGGGAUAAAUUGAGAAAAUACGUAAGGUACACUUGGGGAUCUUGUUCAUUGGAGGAUCCCAAGACUGAGCCAAGUGAGGCAUGUUGUACUGGUGUUAUGAAGAAAUCAUUGCCCCAAACUGGGUCAUCACAUAGACGUAGGCUGCGGAAGAGAAUGGAUUCUCUCACUUUUAGUGAAAAGGUCAACUUGCCUAAUGAGAAGAUAGUUGUGCCAGAUCAUGGUUGUAAUCAAGCGGUCCAGGGACUAGCUUCUAGUAAGGAAGAUCCGCUCCAUGGAAAUGCAGAAAAACAAAGACAUGAAAUUAGUCUUUCUUCCAAUGUGGGAGGUCUAUGCCAAAACAGAGGGUUUCUUCCAGCUGAUAUUGCAAAUCUCCCUCCUCUUCCAUCAUGUGAAUUUGGAGACACUGGUGAGAUUAGCAUGGUUGAUUUUCAGCGAAACCUUCAAAAGUUGUAUGAAUAUAAUGUAAUGUUGAGGGAGAAGUUGAUCUCGGUCCUUUCAAAUGGACCAUGUCGUAGUGAAAGGUAGUUGCAAGCAAACAUACAUGCUCUCUGUUUUGAACGAAAGCAGCAACCAAAUGUUCCUUCUUGUUGGUCCCUUUCAAACUUCUCGGCGAACUGAUGAGCUGCUGAAGGAUUCGCCAUGUGAAGUCAGGAGAAAUUGAUUCCACUCGUUGAACUUACAUUACAGUUAUGCAUACAAGUGAUGAAAUAUUGUCAGGGAUGAGAGGCAGAGAUAUAUGCUAGCAGACAAUGUCUCAUUCCUUUAUUUCAUUGUUCCUUUCAGUGCUUUUCAUUUUGAUGAGAAUUAUUUGUUGGUCACCUUAUAGACCUUUUCCCUCAUGGAGCUCCAUCUCUCAGAUGAAGUCUAUUGGUGUCACUGAAGGGCUGUGUAAUUUCCAGAAUCAUUGGAGUGCUAGUUCAUCUCAUGGUAAGUUAUGGCCAAAGAUACUGAAACGGCGAUGCCACCUACACCUAAAGUGUAUCCUGAUUUUGCCCGAAGAAAAUGUUCAGACAAGAAUAUGCACAUAUGAGCAUGUAACACCUUGAUUUAUGGUACCUGUAAUUGUAUAUAUUCUAUGGGGUGCAAGAUUUUAUUAUUGGAUAGGAUUACAAGCUCGUGCAAGAUUGUGAAAUUCAUUUUCGAAG